AUGAUAAGAACAAUUCAUUUCUGUUUCGAUGUAACAUCAUUAUCACGAACAAAAUCGAUGAAUACCAUGUUACAUGCAGCAAUACCGAAAUCUCGUUCGUCAACGUCGGAUGACGAUUCAGGAUGUGCAAUUGAAGAAUAUGCAUGGGCACCACCUGGUUUAAAAGCAGAACAAGUUAGACAAUUUUUCAAAUGUUUACCAGAAGAAAAAGUGCCAUAUAUCAAUUCGAUUGGCGAGAAAUAUCGGACAAAAAAAUUAGAAGAACAGUUACCACCGCACGAUUCUGAUCCAAAAUAUUGUCGACAUUUGACUGAAGAAGAAAAAAAUGAAUUGAAAAUAUUUAGUGAACAACAGCGACAAUCAGCACUUGGGCGUGGUACCGCCAAACAAAUAUCAUUAACGCAACCAUCAUUGACUUGUUGUGGGUGUGAGAAGCCAAUUGAAUCGGGUUCUAUUGGUGUUCAUGCUGAACGUGGAGGUCGAAAUGGUUAUUGGCAUCCACAAUGUUUUUCGUGUAAAACAUGCAAAGAAUUUUUGGCCAAUUUAAUUUAUUAUUACAAAGAUGGUGAUUUAUAUUGUGGACGACAUCAUGCUGAAUUGUACAAACCAAGAUGUUCAGCGUGUGAUGAAAUAAUAUUUUCUGACGAAUGCACGGAAGCUGAAGGUUAUUCUUGGCACAUGGAUCAUUUUUGCUGUAACAAUUGUUCAAAACGUUUGGGUGGUGAACGCUAUGUAAUGAGAAGUCAUCAUCCAUAUUGUUUAAAUUGUUUUGAGACUAUGUAUGCUGAAUAUUGUGAUACUUGUGGUGAACAAAUUCAAACCGAUCAACCACAAAUGGCACAUGAAAGUCAACAUUGGCAUGCAACAGAUCAAUGUUUCUAUUGUUAUACAUGUCGUAUACCGUUACAAAAUCGUGGAUUUUUUCCAAAAUUUGGCGCACUCUAUUGUUCAAACGAAUGUGCUCGACAACGUACAUCAUCAUCAAAACCAACACAUAUUAAUAAUGGAUAUAUAACAGACAAUGGUCCCGAUAUUAUACCGACCUUUAAUACACAUGCAAAACUUUCAGAACAUUCACAGCCAUUACCAACAUUAUUACAACAAAAACAACAACCAUUGAGAACAAAUUUUUCAUCAUUAGAUGACAAGACGAUUGGUGAGCGACAAUUGAAGAGUAGUUUAAGAAAUGGUGGUACAUCGUCGUCCUCCUAUCGCACUCAACCAUCGAAACAAUCAACAUCAAUAACAAAUAAUUCUGGAAGGUACAUUAAUGAUCAUACAUCAACCGGUUAUGUCUCAGAUGGACCAUCUUUAACGCAUAAACGAGAGUUGUCAAACGGCUAUAUGUCGGAUGGAACAGCAGCUAGACGACAAACGAAUAAUAUAAAUAAUGGUUAUAUUGGCAAACCACAAGUGUUUUUACAAUUCCAAUCACAACAACAACAACAUCAUAUCAAUAAUCAUGGUGAUCGACAACAGAUGAUGAACAUGUCAAAAAGUCGUUCACGUGAGCCGAUAACAUUUUAUAAUGAUUUAAAUCUCGAUCAACUAGAUCGUGGUGGUGCCGCUUUGGAAAUCGCACGUUAUAGUACAACAAAGACGAACGGUAAUUCAAGUUCUAAAUCAUCACGUUCGUCAUUACCAGAUUUACGUCGAAAAACACUAAUUGAGCAACAACAACAGAACAAAUAUCGUACGAACAAUGAUAAUGACAUCACUACAUUGACGUAUUCUCAAGAAACGUUAACCGAUCAAAACUCAAAUAAUUAUCAUAAUAAUCGACAUUCUCGAUCAUCAUCUCGUAUCAAACAUUUUGAUUCAAAUGAAAUAAUGUAUCCUAUCUCGAGACCAAAAUCUGUACAUUAUUCAUCGUCAAUUAAUCAAUUUCCACGAUCACGAUCACUAAAUGGAUCAAGUCGUUUUCCCUCAUCGACAACAAAACAGCAUCACGUUCGUUUCGAAGAUGAACAACAGCAGUAUUCACCAACGAGUUGUCGUAGUUCCCAUCAACGAAAAAAAUAUUCACCACCACAAAACUACCGUCAUCAGCGGCAUCAUUCAAAAGUACUUAAUGAAUAUUCUUGUUCAAGUUCGAGUUCAUCAUCGGAUGAAAACGAUGAUUUCGACAAUAUUUAUAAUCAAUAUGAUAUAAAUGGUAAUCGUGUGAAAAAAGCAAAUAUUGGAGUGAAAAUAAGUUACGUUGACGAUUGUUUCCAACAAACACAUGCGACAACAUCAAAUCAAGGAGCCAGAAAAAAUCAACAACAACAACAGAAAAAACAUAGAAGAAAAAAAGAUUGUAUUAUUAGCUAA